UGCAGUGCAGUUGAGUUUUCUAUUUUUCAAAUAAUGCUUCUGCUUAAUACUCUUUCAGUGUUUGUUAUUUACAAUUUGUCAUCAAUAUUAGGGAAUGCAUAUUAACUCUGUCAGUUGGAUUUAUUUAAUUUUCUAUGAAGUUUGUUGCGCACUUUUUUGUAGUUUAGUUGAAUAAAGUUACCGUGGUACAACCCUACAAAUAAUAAGAUUUACUGUACCUGGAGACGUCUUGAGAAUUGAUAUCUCACUUACAUCAAGAGAACAAGAAUGGUAAACAUCAGUCCUGUGAUUGAAGAGUGCGGUAAAUCCACCAUGACCAAUUGUCAAGUAGAAAAUCUCUAUUACGACGUGAAAACUUUAAUAAAUCUCUUUUUCAAGGAACCUCAUAAUGCGAAAAUGGAGCUUAAACCGUCUGUAUAUUUGGAAGAGAUGAGCUUGAGCUUUGAAGAACGGAUCGAUAGCUUGUCAACUAUUCAGCAUAGAAAAGUCAAUUUCCCUGGUUACGUACCUUCGAAAUAUUUUACAAUUAACCCUCCAUUCAUUUUGAUUCAAUCCUUCACCUGUGGAAAACCGUACACAGUUACACUGGAAUUGAAAUGCACAGCUAAGGCAAUGAAAUCUCUGACGCUUGUAAGUGAUAGAGAUCCAGUUUUGACGGUUGAGUGCACGUCGAAAUUGAUGACAAGGAUUGCACCGGGCAUGAGUGUCAAGUAUAAAGUUACAUUUCUGCCAGUCAAAGUGGCCGACUACUAUCAUCAAAUACUAUUUGAAACAGAAGGCGAAAGUUUCAGAAUUCCCAUUCUUGCUCUUAAACCACGUCCACUUCUGGAUUUCCCCGAUCACAUUCAAAUCCCUCCUACUCCAGUCAAAAUAACUGGUCACAAAACAUUCGUGUUGAGAAACAUAGGAAGUGUUGAGGCUGUAUUCACCUUGGAAUGCUCUAAUGGACUUUUCAUGGUGGAACCAGAUAAAGUUAAACUUCAGCCUGGUAAUCUAAUUACUAUUACAUUGAAAAUGUUCUCAGUAAUUGUCGGUGUUUUCACCUCGUCUAUGAAAGUCGUUCUAGAAACUGGCGAAGAACUUUCAAUUAGUGUGGAAGCUUCUACAGUGAAUUCAUCUGUCUCCAUAGAUGAGAAAAGACUGAUACUUCCUGAAGUUUUCAUGACUCUUAGAGAAAGAAGAAGCAUACAACUUGUUAAUAAUAGUGAUAAUCUGGUUCACUUUUCUUGGCAAAAACAUUCGAGUUUGCAAGAAGAUUUGCAAGAACUGGAAAGGUUGAAACAACAGAUGAAAGGAGUGGAAGAGCUUGAAUCUGUUCGUUGUAAUGUGCUCGAGUAUAAUGGCAUAAUUAACGCUGAAUUGCACAGUUCAAUAUAUAAGAGAAUCUACACCGAUGAAAUUAUGCUUCUUGGAAGUGAUAAUUUGCUUUUCCAACACGAGAACUUCAAAAUUAUACCGCUUAGUGGAGAAGUGUGGCCCGGUAGUUCGAUUGAAAUAAUGGUGAUUUUCGAAGCAAAUACACCUCUGACAGCCAAAUGUCGUGCUUAUUGUGAAUGUACAGGCAUCGAGGACAGAUUGGAAUUGGUUGUCGAGGGAAGAAGCAUUGGACCUGACCUGAAAAUCAAUUUGUCCGUAUUGAACAUCUCGAAAGUGCCUCUGAGUGCCGAGAAAACGUUUGAGAUUCUGGCGAAGAAUUGUGGCGACAUUCCUGGGAAUUUGGAAUAUGUAGAGAAUGAAAAAGUUUCCAAGGCGAAGAUCUCAUGUAAGCCACGCAAACUGUACUUAUUGCCUGGAGAAACAAAGGCGUUCUUCAUCAAUCUUUGUAGUAUUUCUAGAGGGGAAUUCAUGGAGGAGUUGAAAUUUGUAAUUCUGGAAUCGAAAGAAGAAAUUGAUUUCGUUGUUUUAGGCGAAGUUCUACGUCCCAAUAUAUAUUUCGAUAGAAAUGAAAUCAACUUUGGGAAUGUUCCACUCGGUUUUCCAAUUGUGGAAAUCGUCCAUCUGAAAAACAAUUCUCUAGUCGCGAUACCGUUUUCUAUGUCGGUUCCUCAAGAUGGAUUUGAGCCGGCACUAACUUGUGAAUCGUUCUCUCAAUCAAAGAGAAAGUUUUAUCUACCACAGAGUCCACAAGAAUUCACAAUCAAACCAUCCAGUGGAGAAAUAGGUGCCGGGGAAACAAAACAAAUUAAGAUAAUAUUCACUCCAAACAAAUAUAGAGUUUUGGCAGCCUCUCUGGUACUGGAACUGAAUGUUAACACGGAGGCAGAAACGUCCAGCGUUAAACUAUCAGCCAAUGCUAUUUCACCGAUGAUUGUCGUCCUACCAGAAGUUAUCAAAAGUCCAUUCUGUUUCAUCAAUUAUGAAUAUCGACAGACACUGACUUUGAGGAAUAUCUCUUCCGCUCCUGGAUACUUUCAUAUAAUGCCACAAGUGGUUUCUGCCUCAACUGGAUUAUCGUAUCACAUUUCUGAGGAGGAGGUGAUGAUUGACGGCUUGGAAGUGAUAGAAAUUGAACUGACAUGGAUUGUCACCCAAGUCGGAAAGCAUGUUGAAAUUGUCAAGAUGUUGCUGUUUGGCGAGCAGAAUGCAGAGGUGCUGUGUGAGCUGCAGUGCAGUGGCCAAGGCCCGAUGGUCACACUCAUUCCCAACGAGCUGCACUUUGGCCGCGUGCAGCUGCUCACCUAUCAGGCGCUUGCAGUCGAACUCAUCAACGACUCGCCCAUCGACGCACACUUUGCUGCUGUUGAGGGUGAAAAAGACCAAUUCUUUGUGGAAAUCGACCCAGAAUGUGGAGUUUUGGAGGCAAAUAGUAGAGUUCGCCUGACUGUUGGAAUACGGCUCUAUGACUCAGGCAAUGUCACUCAGAACAUCCUCAUCAAUAUAAAGAAUGGCCGACAACUCGUACUAUGCAUCAACGCUAAGGGUCAUGGCUCCAGUAUUGUUAUAACACCAUCCAUUUCGCCUGUCUACAAUUUGGGAAAGCUAGCCAGCAAUAAGCAUUAUACAAUUCCAUUGAGAACCACAAAUCACAGCACGAAGUUGCACACUCUUUACUGGUCGAAAGAUAUGAAGUGCAAACUAAUGCCUCAUUAUGAAGAUAGUACAGAAUGGAAAAAUUUCAGAAUUGAUCCUUGCAAGAUCGAUAUUCCACCACAUAAAUCAUCUAUCGUCAACUUACAUGUUUUCAGUGAGAGCGAGGGGGAAAUAAAUGAACAGUUCUACGUAUUUGCAGCAAUUGACAACAAAGGCGCUCGCUUCCUUCUCAAUAAAGUAUUGUUGAAAGUUGAGUUUAUCAAUCGAGGCCUGGAAUUGUCCAAAUCUAGUUUGCAUUUCCGUAUCGACAUUACACCAGAUCGUCGCACAUUGAUGAAUCAAACUCAAACCAUCAUUGCCAACAACAAUACAGACCUCACAAUUCUCUGCAAGUUCCAAGUCAAACGUCCUUUUCUAAUUUUGGACAAUCAGAAUUUUGGCACCGAGGAUAGAAUAAUACAUUUUGGAAAGAACUCUUCUCAGCCAAUCGACAUCAUUUUCAGUCCUUCCACCAGUCUAAACUCUAUUAGCACGGUGUUCAAGGGAACCUUGAGAGUUUCUUACAGAGAUGUAGAGGAAUUAAUUUCUCUCAGUGGUGAAAUUAACUACCCAAAUUUAGAACUGUCAAGACGUGAGCUUCAUUUCGGAACCGUCCCACCAUUCUCAAGCAGGUCUUGUGAAGUUGAGCUUAUUAAUGAUGGAGUUCUGACUGCGUUUUACUUAUGGGAAGUGACUGUCAAAAGUGAAAAUAUCAUGCCUUGUGUGAUUGACGGAGAAUUGAUACGAAAUUCAAGCGUGAUGGAUUGUAAACCUUCUUUUUGUUCUUUCACAUCAGAAGCCAGUACCAGUGAUUCGCAAGUGCUGAAUAUCAACCCCAGUUUUGGACAAAUUGAAGGGUAUAAAAAUCUGAGGAUCACGUUCACAUUUUUCCCUUGUUUCAUGAAAUCGUAUAUCAUUGAAGCAUCUUGCCAUGUUAUCGGCGGUCGAUGUCAAACGGUGACCAUAUUUGGUGGAUCUGCGCAAGUGCAGUACAGUCUGGAACCAAGACAUGUCGAUUUCGGGUUCAGGUCAUUCAAUGACAUGCACCGUCAAAACAUCACCAUCACAAACCUGUGUGAGAUGGAGCUCCACGUAACUGCCAACAAGAACCUUGUGGAACACAGUGAAGCUCUUCUGAACUCUGGACUGUUUGUGGUCAGUCCAACCUUCCAGAAAAUAGCCGGACUCAGCUCGGCCACAAUACAAGUCACUUACUACCCCAGAAUAUGUCAACAACUCAAAGAUGAGUUCAUCAUACAGGUGAACACUGCAAAUCCAAUUCUUGUUGAAGUUAAAGGGUAUGGAACUCUACCUCAAGUUAUCAUAAGCAAUCCUUGUAGGACGAUAGUGGAUCACGACAUCCCCAUUGCAACUUUCUAUCCGGCCAUAUCGUGGUUAACAUCUCCAAUGUUUGACAGUCUCUGGAAGAAAGCAUCACGACUCGACCUCGAAUCUCACGAAAGGAGCAUUGAUAAUGAUUUUUCAGAUUGGGUUUUCAUCACAAAUGAGGAUGAGUACCCUACAGUUGAAGAUAUCGACCUAGCUCUGCAGAGAAUGUUGACCUAUACUCAUCUCUUAGAGAAUGGUCUUUUGGAUUCAAAGAACUCAGUGAUUUCCAGAACACGUCCAUAUCUUGAGUUGCCGACACCGAGUCCGGAAUAUGUAGUUGAUUUUGGCAAAGUGGUUGUGGACUCAGUAGUUGAUCAGAACAUUUUGAUUAAAAAUGCAAAUAUGUUGGAAGCAUAUCCUCAAGUCUCUGUGAUAUUGCCAUUCUCUGCUAGAACAUUGAAAGACAGUUAUAAUGUUGUGCUUACAUUUAUCAAAAAUUCCAAAAGCAAAGCAGGAGUUAAUAUAUUGAAUGUGAAAUUGAAACCAAUCAGGAUGACCUACUCUUCCAAGGUUACUCCUUUGAACUUGAACGUUUUUGUUGUUGUGAAAGGAGGUCUAAAAAUCCCCAUGAGAAUAAGUGCAGUGAUCACAAUACCUUUUCUCACAGCAGUUACAAAGACUCUGAACUUCAUGGAAAUACUAGUUGGAGAAGAAAAGAUGUUGUCACUUCAAAUAAAAAACGAAGGAUUUGUCAGCUGUGAAUGGUCGGCAUCAUUGAAGUUCAUGCACCGUCCAUCCGCCAAAAGUAAUCCGUUCUCUUUGAAAUCCAGCUAUUCUGGUUAUCUGGAGUCAUCUGAGGACCACAUCGUCGAAGUUUCAUUCCGCCCUGAGUUUAAGGGUAAAUAUGACUACUCCCUAAUAUUUGAGGUGAAACAAAACAGUGAACCGAUUAAAAUCAACUUGCAAGGCUGUGCUAUUGAACCGAAUUUGCAUAUUACUAAUAACAAUUUGACGUUUCCCACGGUUUUCCCGAAUGUAGAAGAUAAUUCGAAAACAUUCACUGUUGAAAAUAGGAGCAGUUUUCCUGUGGAAGUUUAUUUCCCAGAUUAUGACAGAUUUUGCCGUGAAGAGGAAUCUGCAAUAAGACUGCUAUGUACCAUAUACAGUACCGAUCAACUGCCUCUCUUGCCCAAUCAGUAUGGAACGUCUCUCAACACCAAACUGCUCAAUCGCUUGCAAAAUUUCCUUGAGAAAAUGAGAGUCUACCUAAGCACUUUAUUAAAAGAACGUGCAGACAAUCACAACUUUCCCAGUAAAUAUCAACUCUAUGAAUUCAUAAUUCAGCUUUUGAAUAGGCUAGUUUUUUUCUAA